CGACAAUUGCGAUAUUAUAGAAUAUAGCAAAAGGCAACUAUGUUUCAGUAACAUAGAAUGCUUUAAUGUUACUACGUUUUGCGAUGGAAUUUCUUCAUUUUGUUCCGGUUUAAUGCAACCAGACGGGACGCCUUGCAGACAAAAUUCUCGAACCUGUCACAAGGGACAAUGCAAAAGCAACGUCUGUCUCGAUCACGGUAUGAAACCUUGCCAAUGUAAGACUCGUCAUUCGGAAUGUCAUAUUUGUUGUAUGAAUGAAACGAAUACAUGUCGAAGCGCAAAAGAGUUACAACUUUUUCCAUCUAAACACGAAGUUUAUGUAAAAAUUCCAGGAACUUCUUGUGAUAAUGGAUACGGAAUGUGUUUCAGAAAUGGAUCUUGUAUAAGUAAAACUAUAUGGAAGAUGUAUAGCUUUUGGAAUUACUUUACACCUCUACCGUUCUUACUAAUUAUUGUUAUUGGCAUAAGUUGUUUCCAAAGUCAUCAACACGAAAGACCGAGUAUAGAGAUAUUAAUGAAAAAGUAUCCUUUAAGAAAGAAGGAAGGAAAACCUGAAAUGAAACGGAAAGUAAGGAAACCUAAACGGAAAAUUACGAAAAAGCAUCGUUUAAGAGAGAAGCAAGAAAAUCCCGAAAUGAAACUAAAAGUAAAAAAGAAACCCAAAAGGAAAAUAAAUAAGAUAAAGAAUAAUGUCUUAAAACCUAAAGAAUGAUGUCCAUUUCUUGAACUUUACAACAUUUGAGUAAUAUACGACAGCAUAAAGAGGUAUUGAACACUUGAAUUAAAUACCCUUUCACUUUUAUAUGUAAUUGUAUUCUAUAAUGUUUGAGUGAUAAAAAUAAUAAAAGAAACUUGAA